ACUUCACACUUGACACAAUUCUAUCCAAAAUCAACCCCAAACAAUACAGAAGAGAAGAUAAAAUAAAAUAAAAAAGAUGUGGGAUGAAACUGUAGCCGGACCUAAGCCGGAGCAUGGCCUUGGCCGCCUCCGCAAUAAGAUCACCGCCCAACCCCUUGACAUCAAAGGUGUAGGAGAAGGGAGCAGUAGCAAAACUGUGGCGGCAGUUGCGGGAAGUCCCGGGACUCCGACGACACCAGGAUCGGCGCGUAAGGAGAACGUGUGGAGAAGUGUGUUUAAUCCAGGAAGUAACAUCGCCACCAAAGGAAUGGGAACAAACCUCUUCGACAAGCCUUCUCACCCAAACUCUCCCACCGUCUACGAUUGGCUAUACAGCGACGAUACUAGGAGCAAGCACCGUGGAGGAUAAAGUGACAUGCGAGUGAUGUAAAAUAUCAUAUCUUUCUUCCGCCACGUGUUUAUGUUCUGUUUCUUCUAUUUUGGCUGUAUUCGCAAUCUUUUAUUUUACUUCUCGUCGUUUGUGGAUGUUAGUGACCGUUGAUCUCCACCAUCUGGGUUGGUUUUUAACUUUUAACGGUGGCUAUGCGUCUUCAGUGUCUUGUAAUGUUUCUACUGUUCGGUAUAUACUAAUACACUAUUAGCUUCUAA